AUGUCUGGCAUGAUAGCGGAUCUGUCUGCACAUGAUCAUUCGGCUGGCGAACGCUACCGCAACGGAAAGCCGUGGGUCUUGAUCUUGCGUCCGCGCAACAACAUGAGUUCUGUCUGGGUCACGCUACACGAAGAUGCUUGGACCCUUAUCACGAGAGUCCUUCACUUCGCGCUGAGUGUUGAUGGCCCUGCGUCCAGAACCAUGCAGCAGGAUCCAAGAGCAAACCCACACCCGUACUACGAGGCAGCUCUGGUAGCUCUCAGGCGCUGGUUUUACGACGGAGCGGGCGACCCUGCCAUCUUCUUGAUCCACUUGGAAAACAACAUCAUGGAAGCAGCCGGUCGUCUCGAUGGACGUGUCCGUGAAAAUUGGUAUUUGUGGAGAGCUUACUCAAUUGAGCAUCAUGGUCCCUUCGAUCAUCUAGCCAUCGAGCGCUUCGAGACGAACGUUGCCACCGAGCCUAACAUUGCAGCUGACAACACCAGUGCUGAGUUCUUCCUCUCUGAGGCUCACAUGAACAUUCGCGAGGACAUGACUGAAGAUGAGUGCCGUCUCGCACUUCGUCUUGAGAGAAGAAACUUGCUUGGUCCUGCUAUUACAAGCAUAGACAUGCUUGGCAAAAUCUCUAUCAAAAUGCUCUCCGCUUGGAACCACGACUUGCCUGAUUGGAUGUGGAGAAAAGCGCAGCUUUCUCAGCCACCUCCUGUUUCGCCUGCUCCUUCUCGCGGCUCGCCUGCCCCUUCUCGAGGAUCGCCUGCUGCUUCUCCAGGCCAUCAUACCGAUGGCGGUAUUACCAAAUCUACUCGUCCGUACAAGUGCGAAUUCUGUCGUUCCUCGUUCAGCACUGAGGCUAAGAAAGUCAUUCACAUACAAACCGUCCACAAUGACAGGCUUGUCACCUUGCUAAUUGUGCGCCGUCACGAUCCCACAGCUCAAAUUGCUGAACGUGAUUCAUUUCGAGGUCAUCGGACCCUCCCAAGGCUUUUUCCCCUUCUCCUUGCUUAG